GUCUACUUAGUCCCAAUCCCUCUGAUGAUCGGCCAUGAAGUUACUACUUUUGUUGACAGUUUUAGCAGUCAGUUGCUUCCUUGCAGAGGGUUUUAGGCGCAGGACCAAGAACAGAGACUGUUUGGUGAAGCACAAAUACGCACACGAAAAGGUUUGUAGGGGACCCCGUAGAGUUUACUACAGGUUCCAUCGAGUUCUGUUUGAUUGCAUACAGAUGACUACAAGGUGCUACAAAUUCUUUAAGAGAAACGAGUUUGACACUCUAAAAAAGUGCAGAGAUGGCUGUGCCUAUCAUAUGAAGAUACCUACUGAAGGAGCAAUAGCAACCACAAUUACUGCAACUACUGCUGGAGGAGCAGAAGAAACUACGGAAGCUCCUACGGAAACUCCUACGGAAGCUCCUACAACAGAAGCAGUUGCAGAAAGAAGUGCGGUGGAAGUCGAGAAAAAAGUACCUGCUUGAAGUUCCAAAAAAAUACAAAAACAUUAAUUACUUCAGGGGCCAAGUUCUUGGUAAAUAUAUUACACAUUCUAAAAUGGACAUAGUUCAAAAUUCACCUUUAUUUCGCCUGAAAAAUCAAUCUUUUGUUCAAAACUGUUAGUUAGAAUGGUAUGAGUAAGACAUAUAAAAAUUUAAAAAAAGUUUUCCGUUUUUC